AUAUCUGUUUAUAUACACUCACACACUCCACUCUCUCUCUGUCUCUCUACUCUCUCUGCCAUUAAUCUGGGCUCCCUCCUUCCUCUUCACAGAUUUCCUCACUUCACCAUUAACCUUUCUUGAACCCAACCCCCAGUCUGCGACUCUGCAGAUGUCUAGGCACCAUUGACAUUCAGCUCCUGCUCUGCAUUAUCAAACUCCCACCUUUCUCCUUGAUAUACCCACAACCCAGAGAGACAGAGACAGAGAGAUUCAAGAAUGAGAGUGGAGCUUGCUUUGUGGGUCGUGGCGGUGGUGGUGACCGGCGGGCUCACGCUGAGCUCACCGGUGAGUGGGCAUGAGCUCGUGGGUCUCAAUGGGACAGAGAUGCUCCACAUAGAUUUCUACAGAGCUUCCUCCCCAGCUGAAGAUCCUCUCAUGGUGGGCCUCACCCUCAUUGAAUCCGCUGGUGCAAAGGGAGCCGUCUGUCUCGAUGGGACACUACCGGGCUAUCAUGUGCACCGUGGAUCUGGAUCGGGAGCUAACAGUUGGCUCAUUCAAUUGGAGGGAGGAGGAUGGUGCAAUAAUGUCAGAACGUGUGUUUAUCGGAAAACUUCUCGACGCGGGUCUUCCAAGUUCAUGGAGAAGGAGAUCCCAUUCACAGGAAUACUUAGUGGCAAUGCUCAAGAAAAUCCUGAUUUUUUCAACUGGAAUAGAGUGAAGCUUCGCUACUGUGAUGGUGCCUCAUUCACGGGUGACAGCCAAGAUAAGGCUGCGGAGCUAGAAUUCAGGGGACAGCGUAUUUGGUUUGCUGCAAUGGAAGAUCUGAUGUCGAAGGGAAUGCGCAAUGCCCAGCAGGCUCUUCUUUCGGGAUGCUCUGCCGGGGGUCUGGCAUCUGUACUGCACUGCGAUGAAUUCCGAGGUCUAUUUCCUGCAAAAACAAAAGUGAAGUGCUUGAGCGAUGGUGGAUUGUUCCUCGAUGCGGUUGAUGUGUCAGGUGGCCGAACCCUAAGAAAUUUCUACGAUGGAGUGGUAAACACACAGGGUGUGGAAGAGAACCUUCCCCGCAUAUGCACCAAUCACCUUGACCCGACAUCGUGCUUCUUCCCACAAAACCUGAUCGCGAGCAUCAAAACUCCACUGUUUCUUCUCAACGCCGCUUAUGAUUCCUGGCAGAUACAAGCAAGUUUAGCUCCACCAGCAGCCGAUCCUGCUGGAUAUUGGCGAGAAUGCACACAAAAUCAUGCAAAGUGUACUUCAGCGCAGGUCCAGUUUCUGCAAGCGUUCCGGAAUCAAAUGCUGAACGUCGUGAGAGACUUUGCUAGGUCUAGCAAAAACGGGCUCUUCAUAAAUUCAUGUUUCGCUCACUGCCAGUCCGAGAGGCAGGACACAUGGUUCGCCGAUAAUUCACCUGUUAUCGGGAACAAGGCAAUUGCGAUUGCUGUUGGGGAUUGGUAUUUCGACCGAGCUGUGGUAAAGGCCAUUGACUGCGCCUACCCGUGCGAUCACACAUGCCACAACCUGAUCUUCAAGUGACAACAAAAGCAAAUUCGAUGUUGUUCCAACAUUCUCGAUGCUCGGACAACCUCCGAUACAUCUGCAGAAUUCCACCAUAUAGAUAUACAGAGACAUACAAGGCUGCUGCAAAGGGCAGAGCAGAUACCACCCAGAUAGCCUCAUCCAAUUUUCAUGCCUUUGUCCCAUUUUCUCCCUUUUCUCUUACUAACGCCAUUGUAAUUCUGAGAACUAAAUUAAGUAAAAUUAGCCCUUUUCCCCCUCCAGAACUA